GACCGACAUGCGCAGUGACACCAGACGGACAAACAUGGCAGGGGACGAGCAGCCCAAUCUGGUGCCAUCGAACGCGCCGGUGCCGCCGCGGCGAGAAGUGGCAGAUGGUUCCUACUCCUUUGAGUGCAAUAUUUGCUUAGACCAUGUGAAAGAGCCCGUGGUCACGUUGUGUGGACACUUGUAUUGCUGGUCUUGCCUGUAUCGCUGGAUAUCUCGCAACAAUCAAUGCCCAGUAUGCAAGGCAGGUGUGACGCAGGAAAACGUCAUUCCAGUGUACGGCCGUGGGUCGUCUGCAGCGGAUCCGAGCACACUUCCCAUCUUGACGAUGACGUGCCCGACCGUCCGAGAGGACAACGACCGGAGCCUGUUCAACGACGCAGCCGGUUUGCACUCGGACUCGACACCAUGCAAGACAUGGGGUUUUCACCCAUCAUCGGAUUCUUUCCUUCCCUCUUCGGGCUCCAAUUUCAACCAGCUGCACAUCCCGUCGCCGUCGCGCCAACGGGCGCUGCGUCAGAGGCCGAAGCGCAGCAGCGCGUGCAGCACAUUUUCCUAUCGCGAUUGUUGAUGGUGCUUGGGACAUUGGUUUUGCUCAGCUUAAUUUUGUUUUGAGCCGUCCCUCGAUACAACCUGGUCGCCCAACAAAUAUUGCAUUCACUCAUAUUUUAC